GGGACGCUGUUUGCUCAGCUGGAGGCAGGGAACCCAGCCUACCUUCCCUGAUGAGACAGAAACGCUGAUGAGACAGAAACGCCCAUGGAAGUUUGGGCCACUUGAGCCCGUCGCCGAGCCCUGUUUCCCUCUCUGAAGCAGGCAGAGAGAAAGACAGACAAAGCAGAGAAAGGUACAGAUGAAAGUGGAGUCGGAGACAGAGCACGUGGAGAGAUACGCAGUCAGACAAAGGCCGGGGCAGAGGAGAAGACAGAGGCCAACAGGUGUCUGCAGGAAUGUGCAGGGACAGCGCAGGACGUCUGCCCCAGAGAGGGCCGGUGAGUGAGGAGCCCCAGAUGCCAGACAAAGACACUAAGGCCAUGAGGAGUGCAGAAGACACACCCGGAGGCAAGGCCAGCCCGAACCCUCAGGACUCGCGGCGAAGCGUUUUCUACAGCGUCAAGUUCUUCGUCCUGUGCCACAGCCUCCUGCAGCUCGCACAGCUCAUGAUCUCCGGCUACCUCAAGAGCUCCAUCUCCACAGUGGAGAAGCGCUUCGGCCUCUCCAGUCAGACCUCAGGGCUGCUGGCUGCCUUCAACGAGGUGGGGAACACCGCCCUGAUCGUGUUCGUGAGCUACUUUGGCAGCCGGGUACACCGGCCCCGACUGAUCGGCUACGGGGCUGUCCUUGUGGCCCUAGCAGGCCUGCUCAUGAGUCUGCCACACUUCAUCUCGGAGCCCUACCGCUACGACCGUACUAGCUCCGCGGACAGGCCGCAGGAUUUUGAGGCUUCUCUGUGCCAGCUCACAGCCUCGGUCCCAGCCCCAACCCCAGCCGCCUCCAACAGCAGCUGUUCAAGCUACGCGGAGGCCCAGCACCUGACUGUGGUGGCUAUAAUGUUCACGGCACAGACCCUGCUCGGCGUGGGCGCGGUGCCCAUUCAGCCCUUUGGCAUCUCCUACAUCGAUGACUUUGCCCACGACAGCAACUCGCCUCUCUACCUUGGGAUCGUGUUUGCAGUGACCAUGAUGGGGCCAGGCAUGGCCUAUGGGCUAGGCGGCCUCAUGCUACGCCUUUAUGUAGACAUCGACCGGAUGCCAGAAGGUGGUAUCAGCCUGACUUCAAAGGACCCCCGAUGGGUGGGUGCCUGGUGGCUGGGCUUCCUCAUCUCCGCUGGGGCAGUGGCCCUGGCUGCCGUGCCCUACUUCUUCUUCCCCAGGGAGAUGCCCAAGGAGAAGCACGAGCUCCGCUUUCGUCGAAGGGUCUUGGCAGCCACAGCCUCCUCUGUCAGCAAAGGUGAAGAUUCUCCCCCUGAGCAGAGCCCGGGGGAGUCCCAAGAGAAGCAGGAUAGCCUCGCCCAGAUUGCGCCAGACCUGACGGUGAUCCAGUUCAUUAAAGUGUUCCCCAGGGUGCUGCUGCGGACCCUACGCCACCCCAUCUUCCUGCUAGUGGUCCUGUCCCAGGUGUGCCUGUCGUCCAUGGUGGCAGGCAUGGCCACCUUCCUGCCCAAGUUCCUGGAGCGCCAGUUUUCCGUCACAGCAUCCUACGCCAACCUGCUCAUAGGCUGCCUCACCAUCCCGACGGCCAUCGUGGGCAUUGUGGUCGGGGGCGUCCUGGUCAAGCGCCUCCAUCUGGGCCCCAUGCGUUGUGGCGUCCUUUGCCUGCUGGGGGCGCUGUUCUGCCUACUUUUCAGCCUGCCCCUCUUCUUCAUGGGCUGCUCCACCCACCAGAUUGCAGGCAUCACCCGCCAGCCUGGCAACCUGCCUGGACCAGAGCUGUUUCCAGCCUGCGCAGAGCCUUGCUCCUGCCCUGAGGACGACUUUAACCCCGUCUGUGACCCCAGAACCCAUGUGGAAUACCUCACACCCUGCCAGGCAGGCUGCACAAGCCGGCUGGUCCAGGAGGGUGUGGACAAAAGUCAGGUUUUCUACGCCAACUGCAGCUGCGUGGCGGGGGGCGGCCCCGUGCCGGCGGGCUCCUGCGACUCGGCCUGCAGCGGCCUGGUGCUGCCCUUCAUGCUCCUGGUCAGCCUGGGAGCGGCGCUGGCCAGUCUCACCCACACGCCUUCCUUCAUGCUCAUCCUCAGGGGAGUGAAGAAAGAAGACAAGACCCUGGCUGUGGGGAUCCAGUUCAUGCUCCUGAGGGUUUUGGCCUGGAUGCCGAGCCCAGUGAUCCACGGCAGCGCCAUCGACACCACCUGUGUGCACUGGGCCCAGAGCUGUGGGCGUCGGGCCGUUUGCCGCUACUAUGACCACGACCUGCUCCGAAACCGGUUUGUUGGCCUCCAAUUCUUCUUCAAGACAGGCUCCCUGGCCUGCUUCGCCUUGAUUUUGGCCAUCCUAAGGCAGCAGGACAAAGAGGAGGGGACCCAGGUGACCGUAUCCACCUCUGGCCUACAGCAGCAGCUGUUAGCGUCACGGCCAGAAAAGAAGCCUGAGGAAUCCAGAGUGUGAGCUGGCCCUAGAGUGGUGGGAGUACCUCCUCUGAGCCUUUUGCCCAAUCUUGGGUGUCAGGAACCCUGUUUUCCAAUUCUGACUCCUCUGCUAACUUGCUCUGUGACUUGGGGCAAGUCACUGACCCCCUCUGGGCCUUUGUUACUCAUCUGAACCAAAGAGUUGUCUAGGGGUUUGGUGUGAUGGCCACUUCUAAAGCACGAUGGUCUUUCCCCUUCCUCCCCCAGCCAGACAGGCUGACCUGAAACCAGACUUUCCUGGUGGAAGGACUGUAUAUGUUUCCCCCAGGCCCUAGAAUAGAGAUAAUAGACAAUAGUAGGCCAGGUGGCCUUACACACCUGGUCCUAGCUCAGCUCUGCCGCUCGCCGGAAGCACCGUACCCUCUCUGGGCCUCAGCCACCAUCUCUGACAGGUGGAAAUGGACUUGCCAGCUUUUUGGCCCCUUCUGACUAUGACCAUCUGUGUGGUCAGGACGGACUCAGGUCUCCUCCCCAGCCACACUCCGCCUGGAGGUGGGGCCGGGAGGACCUCUGUAAAGAAAUAUUUGGCGCCCCCUGGAGGAAGAGCCCUGAGCUCCGAGGGGGGCCCAGUGGGGAGGAAGCCAGCCUCAUGCCCAGAACAUCAGGCCGAUCCCGGCCUUCAGCAAACCUGGUGUGAGCCCUGGGGCCACUUAGCUGAGAGGGGAGGCUCACUCUGUAGACUCAGGAAAUUCCAGUCCUUGCGCUCAGGGGGGCACAGUCUGGGCGAGGCCCAGUCUCUGCCUUAGGAGCUCUAGUGGGGAGGGAGAUCCAGGCCCCACACUUGGGCGUUUUCUGACUUCAAAGACCAAAGACACUCAGCACACAUUCACUGGUAUGUGAAUUCACUUACACAUGGCCAAGACUUCACACAUUUGACCAGGCCCACCAAAAUCACUGUGACCCCUAUUGACUAGAAUCCGAAUUUCACCAUUUCCUCCAGGGUGCUCGAAUCUGUGUCGCCUAGCGCUAUGUAGAUAAUGGCUGGUUCUGUGAUAACCACGUUUUGGGGGCAACAUCUGGUUCUCUGUGAUGCCUGAGUUGGUGUAAGGACCUGUUCUUUGUAAGGCCAAGGUCUGUAAUGUCCAGCUCUGUGUAAUGAGUGGGUCUGUGGAAUGCUUGGGUCUGAACCAACUGGUCCUUCAGUGGGCCUUGUCUUGUUUUAUGGCCGGUCUUCUCUGGCUUGAUUAUCCCCCCGGGGAGGGGAAGAGAGUUUCCCGAUCUACUCCAGCCCGUUCUGUCGCCUGCUGCUUGGGAGACAGGAGACAGCUGUCAGCAGCGGCUUCCCAAGCCCUGUGUCCAGCCCUGUGCUGGAGACAGAGGAGAAGCUGUGGGGCAGGCGGGGGAAGGCAGUGGGGGCAUGUGUGGCUCUGGCCCUCCGAGCAGCUCCUGCGGCAGGACUUUGAGGCUCUCCCAAGUGAAAGAAGAGGAAGAAGAAGGUACAGAUGUUCUAACUCUCAUUUUGAUUCUACUGGUUGAUACCUUUAAAUGUUGAAUAAAUAUCUGAGCCUGUAUUUAUAAUGCCAAGAACCUCAGAGUUUCCUCCAACAAAGUGAGGCCGUUCAUGUGUGUAUAUUUCUUCACCUUCCUCCUGUUUCCCAAGUUUUGCAGAAAUAAUCUGGAAUUAUAGACAUGGCUUAUUAUUAAAUUUGUUCUUGCAUGA